AAAAUCACAUUGAAAAAGACCUAAAGAUCAAAGAGAUCCACAAAAAAAUAGAGGGAAAGAAUUCUCAACUGCCAAGAAAAGGGGAAGAACAAGAAUUGAUUUUUUUUAAACUGUUUUCAUGAUCUCUAAAAUCUCUCUGCAUUGGACUUGGAAUAUGCUUCUCUGCAGUGACAACCACCAGAUACCAACUAACUAAAGAAGACUUCGCUUUAACAUAAACUUUGGAACAGCAAAGAGGAGCUGGAGCCCUGAACAUACGAUAACAGAACACGAAAGAGAAACGAACUAACAUGACAUUGGAAUAAAGAGAAACUCAGAGUGAGCACGGAGAGAGAGAGAGAGAGAGGAGAGAGAGAGAGAGAGAGAGAGAGAGAGAGAGAGAGAGAGAGAGAGAGAGAGAGAGAGAGAGAGAGAGAGAGAGAGAGAGAGAAAGAGAGAAAGAGAGAGAGAGAAUCGAGUGAAGAGAAAAAAAGAAGAGAGAAGGAAGUCAUCAGAGGGUAUAUUAUUUCUGGGUCAUCACCCCCCGAUGAGAGGACAACACCUGCCUGGUGUGCAGUGAUGGGUGAGCUCAGCUGCCCUAGUGCAUCAUGGGGGAGAGAGGGUGUGAAGGCUCUCGUGCUCUAUUCGCUCCUAGUAGUCGUACACACAUCCCAUGCCCAGCCUCCCCUCCCUCUCUCCCUCCUGGCCAAAAUCAUUGUCCCCCCUCCCUGGCACGCUCUGCCCCUGUCGCAGGCUGAUCUUGGCCCACUGUUCUCCAACUCCAGCCCCUUCGCCUUCACCCAGUCACUGCUCAUGGUGCCUCCGGCUGGGAAAGCCUCCAAAGCGGGGGUUCGAGCUUCAUUCGGGCCUUACUCUGUCAGCCAGCUGGUCUCUGGGCCCAUCCUCCCCCUCUCCCCUCCUCUGACUGCGUCUCUCCUCUCUAAACACGUGGCGAGAGAGGGGGAUGAAGGAGGAAAGGAGACGUACUGGGUGCGGGUGUUGUUCCACCUACGAGGGGACCCCAGCAGGGGGAGCUGUAUCACCCUUCACGCCUUCAAAGAGACCGAGGAGCAGAAGGCCUCGUGUGUCACACAGCCUCCACUGGGUCUGUGUGUGGUGACCCUGGCCCUACCUAAGGACUGGUUUGAGGCGGGCCAGACCAGCCAGCCCUACCUCAGCCCCAAACAGCGUGCCAGGCACACACACCGACACCGCACCCGUAAUCGGGGACGACGGCACGAGGGUGUUGUCGUCGGUGGAGCCGGUGGCAUCCCCUUCCCAGGCGCUCUCCGAUACAGCCCCGCCCACGCCAGCGACCACAUCCAGCUGUACUACUCAUUGUUCGGCACGGCGUCCAACCUCAAACUAGCGCCCCCUAGGUGUGUGCAAGACAAAUUACCACAGUCUCAGAGAGAGUUGUUUUAUAUAGCAGCUGUAACUUUGAGGGAGGACAAUAAGCGGAACGAGGCCAACAGAACCAAAGAGGAAAUAGGCUGUUGCAAUGGACAGGAAGAGGAGGAGCUACGGUUGGAUUCCAACGUGCUGAUUCGCUAUCGCAGGGGACCAGUCCGAGCGGGACAGCCAAUUGGGGUUUCUGUGAACCUGAGGGCUAAUUUCAGUGCAGAGUUUGUUGUUAUCCGGCUGAAGGUGAAGAAAGGCCUUUUGUCUCUGGUGGCCCAGCGCUCUCUGAACUCUGACCUCUGGGUUGUGAACCUGGAGAGAACCCAGGGCUCCAAACAUGAUGUCAUCUCCAUCAUCUGCCACAAACUGGCCAGGCACAUGGACAGCGACGGUCCCGCUGCUCUGCAGCAGGUUGCCUGUCUGUCAGUGGACGGCUUGCGAAGGAGUUUCGGGGUUGCCAUGACGGUAUCGGCCAGCUGGCGGGUAGAGUACUCAGGCCGUAAAAACCCUCCGCCACCACACGGCGGAGUCGUGAGCAGCUUCUCCUUCACUGACAGAGAGAUCGUGGGCAUCUCUCCCAUAACUGAAAGUGGCAUGAUCAUCAACACGGCCAUCUUGACCAGCGAGCCCGUGUCACUUCCUGUCAUUGUGCUGGCAGUGGGGCAUGACGGGAAGGUGUCGGAUAUCACCGCGGCGGUGAAGUGCCAGUCGUCCAACGAUGAUAUCGUCAAGGUGUCAAGCGAUUGCUCCACCCUCUUCGUGGACGGAAGUGAAUCAGGGGUGGGCAGCACCUGUGUAGGGGUGGAGUUUCUCCUGGGCACGCUCAGUGGGUCCCUGUGUCUGUCCGUGUGGGCUCCUGUCGUCCCGCUGCGCGUCUCCCUGUCCGACAACGAGCUGAGCGCCAUCAAGGGCUGGAACCACGACGUGGAGAACGGCUGUUCUCCAGUGUAUCAGAGGUCCACGGUUCAGGUUCUGACCCAGUUCAGUGCUCAGGGGGGCCAGGGUCAGCUGACCUACCUGCUGGGCUCCUCUGAUUGGUUUGUGGAUGCCACGGAGAUGGUCCGUAAUUGGCUGAGGGUAGAGAAUCCUCGCGUGGCGGUCCUCGACAAGCAGAGCAAUCUGAUUGGUCUACACCCGGGGAAAACUUCAGUUCAUGUCAUAUCAAGCCAAUGGGACGGUGUUCUGGGUAGCUGUGAUGUCAUCGUGACCUCUGAACCCGUGACCCCAGGUGACCUCUCAGUGCAGGUUGUGGGAGGACUCAGUAUGUCAAUCAAUGCAAGCCCUGCCCAUCCGGCUGUUGUCACGGCAACAGUGACAGCAUACAACAUCCUCUACCACCAUGGGCAGGAAGCGUCAAUCAGUGUCUGGCUCCAGUUCAGUGAUGAUAGCGCCACGUUGCUCUCCACCUUCAGCCGUGGUACCUUCACCCUUCGCCUCUCCUCAUUGGCAGAGACCGUGGUUGCCGUGAUGCCCGGCCCGUUGCUGCGCGUCGUCGCCCAGGGCGAAGGGGGCGGGCCUUUACUGAAAGCAGAACUCCUGGUCACCCCCUGCAAGCCAAUGGCGAACUCCGUUGACGGGGACCUGGCCAAUUCGAAAGAAGGAAGCGGGCCCAGGAGGCUGGCUAAAGGAUCAGGUUGGAUCAGGGUGAACCUGGACACAGACCUUCGUCCAAUGGGAAGCGAGGAGGCGGACUUUGAGCUGCUCGACAUGUUGGACAUGCUGGUUGAGUCAUCGGACAGGGACGUUAAGUACAGCAACUUCCUGGACAAUGACAUCAUCACAGGGAACGUCACCACCGUCAAAGGUGACGACUACUAUGACAAGGCCGGCGAUGGGAUGAUCGCCAGGAACGACCUGGAGAGAGCGGUGUUGACCCCAAAUCACGAAGAGAGCGCUGUGUACUUCUCUCCCGGGGUGGAGAGAGAGAGGGAGGGGAAACUGGAGGAUACAGAGCUGGGGGUGGGUGUGGGGGCAGUUCUCUCCCUUCUCUGCCUCUCCGUACUUCUCUUCCUGGUGAAUUGUCUGCCCUGCGCUUUGAGGGAGCGGAGGACGAGGAGGAAGGGCGUGAACACGGAGGGGGUGGAGGGAGUGGUGGAGGAAGAGGGGGAGGAAGGAAAAGAGGAGGCGGCAAAGGGUGUUGCAGAAAAGAACGACAUAAUGACAUCGUGCCCCGGGGUAAUAUCGCUCCAUGAGACUUUUCCAGAAGAGAAAGAGGGGCAGUCAGAUCAAAGCAUUGACCAUUAAGGCUGCAUCCGACUAGGCACCUUAAAUCUUUUGAAGAGUUAAGAGCCCUGUGGUCAAAAGUAGUGCACUAUGUAGGGGAUAAGGUGCCAUUUUAUUCAGGCGAGAAAGGUUGUUGAUAAAAAUCAUUGUUCUUAGGAAAAUUGACUACGUAUUCCUGUCACCGUGUCACCAACAAUGUAUCUUAACGUCUUACCAAGGUCAUCUUCGUACAGGCUAGUUUUUUUUCUUGGGUAUUUAUGUAUGUCUGAAUGUUUGUCUAGCUACCAUCGUAACUAUCCAACAUAAAAACAAUCGACCUACUGAACUAUAGGACCAACCAUUUAGGUGUUGGGUAACAAAAAUAGUUGGAACAAUUGUAAUGUUAUCUCAGAAAUGUCAAAUCUUGAUAGUCCUAAGUUAAAUAUGUGUGCAGAAACAAUGCACGUACACGACUGUACAUAUCUGUCAUAUUUACUUUAUUGGUAUUAUUUCACAUUCAUCCAUAGACAAUUGGUUGUCAUUCCUUUUUCGAUUUAGGACUCAAUGCAAUCCGCUAUAUUGCAAUUGAGUUUUAAAGGCAGCGUUCCAGCGUUCCCGCGUUCCAGCGUUCCCGCGUUCCAGCGUUCCCGCGUUCAAGCGUUCGCGGAGAAAUUUCAGCUCAAUCGGAAACGACCUUUACAUUUCAAUGAAUCAAGCCCUUUUAGGCCUAUUGACGAAAUAGUAUAGGGUUGCAAAAUCCUGGUAAUUUUCUCAAACAAUCCCGCCGGGAUGACUCCCAGAUGACUCCCAGUUGUAGGAUGCCAACAUGCUUAUUCCCGCCUGAUUCCAGAGAUUCUCCAACUGGGAUUUCCAUAAGAACUGGGAAUUUGGGGCAAAUGACCAGAAUGUGCAACGUUAUUCCUGCACAUACUUAUGAUUGCUUUAUUGCUUUAUGUCUCUCUCAAAAUGUCAAUAUGCCUUGUAUACUGUUGUUUAGGUUAGUUAUCAUUGUUUUAGUUUACAAUGGAGCCCCUAGUUCCACUCAUCAUACCUCUGAAACAUUUUCCAUCAAGAUAGAACUGCCAAAAGGGGGAGGAGUUAGCCUGCAAAGGUCGGUCAUACUUUCCAGGUCUAUACCCAAACAGUCCGAACUUCUAAUGUUCAAAAUUAAUCUCUCCAGAAAUAAGUCUCUCACUGUUGCCACCUGUUAUCGAUCCCCCUCCGCUCCCAGCUGUGCCCUGGACACCAUAUGUGAAUUGAUCGCCCCCCAUCUAGCUUCAG